AUGUCCGUAGGCAUAGCUCACAUUGUCAGCUCCCCACAUUCCCCAGACAAACUGGGACAGGAAGAGCACAAGGAGCAGCCGCAUUUUGGGGGCAGAAGCCUGAAAAUGCAAAAACUCAUUGGCUAUCCAAGGAGUUUGAAUUAUAUUCAAGUGCAGAGGAAGGCCAAGGAAAAAUAUAAAACAUGUUGGGAUGACAGUUCUGGAAUUCAGGAGGUUUCCAUAGGCCUGCCCACUGUGGAACACCUCAACCCAAAAUUCAAGCCAGAAGGACAAAAGAUGAACAGAGUAUUAGAGAUGCAAAACCCAAUCACCAAACCAAUAAGCCAGUCCACCAAGAGCUAUUCCUCCAACCCCACAAACCCAGAAAGCUCUUUUGAUCAGGAUCUGAGCCACGUGUAUGUUGCAGUCAGCCAAACCAAGACUUCCCUUCCACAGUGUGCUGAAAGUGAUCACACAGACAACUGUGAGACCCAAGAAAGAGAGGGGAAGGUCACAAAAGACGACAACCAACCAAUUAUCACCAUCCCUAUGGCGGCUCUGAGUGUUGGUCACACCACGUGUACCCUCCAGAUAGCACAUUUCUCAUGGGGUAGCUUGGUAUGCAAAGCUACUGUCAUCCUGCUGCCUGAUGUUCAGUAUGCAAAGCUGCUGGACAUCCUGUUAAGUUCUUUAAGCAACGGAACUGUUCUCCAAGGCACACGUAACAUUGACUGCCUGGCAAGUGAGGGAGUGAUGCUCAUGCAGCAUCUUGCAGCUGUUUCCAUGUGCACCCCAAGUCAGGCUGCCUUCCUGACCGGCCGGUACCCCAUCAGAUCAGGGAUGGUGUCUCCCUGCAACCUGAAUCGUGCCCUCACGUGGCUUGGUGGAUCAGGUGGUCUUCCUACCAAUGAAACGACUUUUGCCGAGCUACUGCAGCACCGUGGCUACUGCAUGGGACUCAUAGGCAAAUGGCACCUGGGCUUGAGCUGCGCCUCUCGGAACGAUCACUGCUACCACCCGCUCAACCAUGGUUUUCACUACUUUUACGGGAUGCCUUUCGGACUUUUAAGCGACUGCCAGGCAUCCGGGAAGCCAGAACUGCACCGCUGGCUCAGGAUCAAACUGUGGAUCUCCACGGCACUCACUGGCCUCGUUCCUUUGCUGCUUCUCAUUCUCAAGCUUGCCCGCUGGUUCUCGGUGCCGUGGAAGGUCAUCUUUUUCUCCGCUCUCCUCGCCUUUCUGUUUUUCACUUCCUGGUACUCAAGUUAUGGAUUUGUUCGGCGUUGGAAUUGCAUCCUUAUGCGGAACCAUGAAAUUAUCCAGCAGCCGAUGAAAGAGGAGAAAGUAGCUUCCCUCCUGCUGAAGGAGGCGCUUGCUUUCAUUGAAAGGUACAAACGGGAACCUUUUCUCCUCUUUUUUUCCUUUCUGCACGUACAUACUCCACUCAUCUCCAAAGAGAAGUUUGUUGGGCACAGUAAAUAUGGCAGGUACGGGGAUAAUGUGGAAGAAAUGGAUUGGAUGGUGGGUAAGUAUUCCGUGACGCCACUGUAA